AUGACAGGAUUCGGAGGCCUGGGGGGUGGCCACAGAGCAGAGACAGGAGGCCUGGGAAGCGUCCACAGGGCAGGGGUAGGAUCGGGAGACCUAGGAGGUGGCCACAGGGCAGGAACAGGAUCAGGAGGCCUGGAAGGUGGCCACAGAGUGGGAACAGGUUCAGGAGGCCUGGGAGGCGGCCACAGAGCAGGGACAGGAGUUUUGGGAGGCAGCCCUAGGAAGGGAAUGGAGUUCGGCGGUUUGGCCACAGGAGGUGGAAACUUAGGGGGUGGAGCCAUAGGUGGAUCCAGAGGUGGAGCAGCAGGAGUAGGGACUUGA